AUGAACUUGUUUCAACACGAAUUGAAAAUUCGAUCGGUGAUCGGACGCUACGGUGGUUCACAAAAGUCGGUCUCGUUCAACAUCGCAAAUCCGACUACUGGUUGCCAGAAGAAGCUCGAGAUCGAUGACGACCAAAAGCUUCGUGCCUUUUACGACAAGAGGCUCUCUCAGGAAGUUAGCGGAGAUGCUCUUGGCGAGGAAUUCAAGGGGUAUGUCUUCAAGAUCAUGGGAGGAUGUGACAAGCAAAGUUUCCCAAUGAAACAGGGAGUUCUCACUCCUGGGCGUGCCCUCCUUUUGCUUCACCGAGGUACUCCUUGCUUCAGAGGACACGGGAGGAGGACUGGAGAGAGGAGAAGAAAGUCUGUUCGUGUCAUUGUGAAGAAAGGUGAAAGCGAUCUUCCUGGGCUUACCGACACCGAGAAGCCAAGGAUGAGAGGUCCCAAGAGAGCAUCAAAGAUCCGCAAGCUGUUCAACCUUGGAAAGGAGGAUGAUGUCAGGAAGUAUGUUAACACUUACCGCCGAACUUUCACAAACAAGAAGGGUAAGAAGGUUAGCAAGGCUCCUAAGAUCCAGAGGUUUGUGACUCCGUUAACUCUACAGAGGAAGAGAGCUAGAAUUGCUGACAAGAAGAAGAGAAUUGCCAAGGCUAACUCUAAUGCAGCAGAGUACCAGAAGCUUCUUGCCUCCAGGCUUAAGGAACAGCGUGAUCGCCGCCGUAGUGAGAGUUUGGCCAAGAAGAGGUCUAGGCUAUCUUCCGCUCCUGCUAAGCCACUUGCUGCUUUUUUUUUUUUUUUGGUCAUAGUGCCACUUGCUGCUUAA